AUGGUGUUCAAUUACUGCGCCUACGCUGAUCCCGCAACCGGGGAGGACCGCAUCGGCCACCUUGAUCACCAAUCCCUCCAAAUCCAGCCUUUAUCCUUCACAUCAGGAACAAGGAUCACCAACCUCUACCAAGUCAUUGAAGCCGGCCAGGCCAGUAUCGUCAGUGCCCGCGCUGAGCCCCUCCCCUUGUCCAGCGUUAAACUCCUCCCCACCAUUUCCGGCCGCGAUAUCCUUGCUGUCGGCAAGAACUACGUCGAACACGCAAAAGAAUUCAACUCCUCUGGCUUUGAUUCUUCAGACAAAGUCGACCAGCCUACUGCACCAGUUAUCUUCACGAAGCGGGCGACUUCGAUCAUUGCGCAUGGCGAAGAUGUUCUCCUCCACCCCGGCUUCACUGAAACCCCUGACUAUGAGGGCGAAAUAGGGGUUAUCAUCGGCAAGGCAGGGCACAAGAUCCCAGAAGACCAGGCGAUGGAUUAUGUCUGGGGAUACACAAUCAUCAACGAUUUCACAGCACGCGAGAGACAGCGCGAUCAUAAGCAGUUCUACAUCGGCAAGUCCCCUGAUACGUACUGCCCGAUCGGGCCCGUUGCCGUGCCGAAGGAACAGCUCCCUGAAAAGGAGAAUAUUCGUCUGCAGACAUUUGUAAAUGGCGAGAAGAGGCAAGAUGCCACGCUGGACCAGUUGAUUUUCUCCAUCCCGAAUCUCGUCUCGACCCUGUCGCAGGGUCAGACGAUUCAGCCUGGAGACACCAUUGCCACGGGCACACCUUACGGUGUGGGUUUUGGCUUCCGGCCCAUGAAAUUCCUCAAGGCUGGUGACGAGGUCAAGGUCUCCGUCACUGGCCUUGGAUCGUUGGUCAACAGAAUGGCAGCGCUUGACGCGCCCAAUCCGACCAUUGAGCGUGUGCAAGCGUCCACGUCCAUUCAUACGGCCAACCAGAAAGCAAGAGGAAACAACGGCCUGGUGAAAGUAGGCUCAAAACAGCUCUUCUACCAAUUUCAGGGUCAGAAGGACGGCACUCCUGUUAUUUUCAUCCACGGCCUCGGCGGCUCAUCCUCCUACUUUACGCCGCUGCUUGAUAAACUCUCAGCUACGCACGCCCUCCACCUUACAGACCUCGAAGGUCACGGCCUCUCGCCUACGUCCGCACUCAGCAGUCUUACAAUCUCAUCGUUUGCCGGCGACAUCCGCGAUGUAUACAUUCUUGCCGCAGGAUCAAACCCAAAACCAGCAACCGUGAUCGCUCAUUCAAUGGGCUGCCUCAUCGCGCUCAAACUUGCUCUCGAAAACCUCAACCUCGUCAGCAACCUCGUUCUCCUCGGCCCGCCUCCCUCUCCUCUCCCUGAAGCCGGAAGCAACGGAAGCUUCGCUCGCGCUGAAACAGUCCGAGCCCAAGGCAUGGCCGCCGUUGCGGAUGCAGUCGUAAAUGCAGGUCUCUCCUCAAAAACAAAAUCUUCCAACCCGCUCGCUGUCACAGCCACAAAGCUUUCUUUGUUGGGCCAAGACCCAGAGGGUUAUGCCAAGGCGUGUAUGGCGCUUGCCCGGUCGGCCGAGGAGACGCUGGAUGUUGAGGAGGUUGCCGCUAAGACACUGAUCCUGACAGGGACGGCCGAUGCUGUUAGUCCGCCGGCGCUGUGUGAGAAGUAUGGGCAGCGGAUCAAGGACUCAACAGUGGUGGUCUUGGAGGAUGUCGCACAUUGGCACCUUUUCGAACAUGUUGAGGGUGUUCGAGGCGCCAUAUACCAAUUUUUGGGCGUUUGA